AUGGACAAGGAAACAGAAGAAACCCUAAAAUUCUUACCCUUUGGCAAUGGAAACGACGCGAUGAUGAUCAGUGACUUAAUCGGAAGAUUUUCCGACACGCAAGAGAUAUCACUCUCCCACUUCUCCGAGAAUUUCCCAAUUCGAUUCCCGUUUCCGGCACAAUUCGGAUCCGACUGUGUUCUCGGGUCUCAACCAACAACAGAGGAGAGCAACAAGAGCUCGUUACUGGAUCCAGAUUCGGUUUCUGGAACAUCCAAUCGAGCUAAGACUCGACCUAACUCCAGGAAGAGAAAAUCGAUUCCAAAUGGAAGUGAAAAGGAGUCUCCAGCUUCCUCGUCUCUUACUGCUUCCAAUUCCAAGGUGUCGGAAGUGAAAAGUGGAAAUGUGUCUGGCAAGAGAAGCAAGCAAAAUGAUACCGAGAAGAGCGAAGACAAGGACAAUGCGAACAAUCCUGAUCCAUACAAGGAUUACAUACAUGUAAGAGCAAGAAGAGGUCAAGCAACCGAUAGCCACAGUAUUGCUGAAAGGGCAAGAAGAGAAAAGAUUAGCGAGAGAAUGAAGUUGCUUCAGGAUUUGGUUCCUGGUUGUAACCGGAUUACUGGGAAAGCUGUCAUGCUUGAUGAGAUUAUUAAUUAUGUGCAGUCAUUGCAGAGACAAGUCGAGUUCUUAUCUAUGAAGUUGGCAACUAUACAUCCAAGAACGGAGUUUAAUGCUAAUGCUCUAUUAGCCCCAGAGAUGUUGCAGCUGGGAGAGUCAUUAUCGCAGUCGAUUUCUUGCUUAGAAGCAAGACUUCCUUCAGGCUAUUUAAUUCCUACAUUAUCAGAGACUCGAACUCAGUUCCAAUUGAAUUCCUCGAGUUCUUCACUGCCUUCAAGUGGUGGAUUUGUUCAAGCUGAGGCGUCUGCCUUUUGGGAAAACGAUCUGCAGAGUAUUGUUCAGAUGGGUUUCACAGAUAAUCAGCAACAGAGCAUCAACUGUUCUGAACCAGCGGUCCAGAUGAAAGUUGAGCCAGAGAUAUGA